CUUCCUCGCCCCCCGCCGGCACGAUUCUGGAGCCCGACGGUUGUUGAGCCCCCGAGGCCGUAGCCUCCAGCAGCCAGCCCAGGAGCCAGUAUGCCGUGGCCCUUUUCGGAGUCCAUCAAGAAAAGGGCCUGCAGGUACCUGCUGCAGAGGUACCUGGGCCACUUCCUGCAGGAGAAGCUGAGCUUAGAACAGCUCAGCCUGGAUCUCUACCAAGGGACUGGAUCCCUUUGGCAAGUCCCCUUGGACAAAUGGAGUCUCAAUGAAAUUUUGGAGUCUGCAGAUGCACCUCUAGAAGUUACAGAAGGAUUUAUUCAGUCAAUUUCUCUCUCUGUUCCUUGGGGCUCAUUGUUACAAGAUAAUUGUGCACUAGAAGUGAAAGGGUUAGAACUGGUGUUCAGGCCUAGACCUCGAUUAGCAACUGGCUCUGAGCCCAUGUAUUGGUCAAGUUUCAUGACCAGCAGCAUGCAACUGGCAAAAGAAUGCCUUAGUCAUAGAUUAACAGAUGAACAAGGGGAUGGAUCACAGCCUUUUGAAGGACUUGAAAAAUUUGCUGAAACCAUAGAAACAGUUCUAAGAAGAGUGAAAGUCACUUUCCUGGAUACAGUUUUGAGAAUUGAACAUAUACCAGAAAAUUCAAAAACUGGAACAGCACUUGAAAUUCGAGUAGAAAAAACUAUGUAUUGUGAUGAAACUGCUGAUGAAUGCUCUGGAAUCAAUGUACAUCAGCCUACAGCUUUUGCUCACAAGCUACUUCAGCUUUCUGGAGUCUCUGUCUUUUGGGAUGAGUUUUCUGCAUCAGCAAAAUCUUCUCCAGGGUCUUCAACUGCACCAGUGGAAACUGAACCAAAACUUUCACCUAGCUGGAAUCCGAAAAUUGUUUAUGAACCACACCCACAACUCACAAGAAAUUUACCAGAGGUAGCACCCUCUACUCCUGUUCAAAUUGGGAGGAUGAUUGGUAGAAUGGAGCUGAGCCUUACAUUAAAGCAAAAUGAGGUACUUCCUGGAGCUAAGUUGGAUGUUGAUGGCCAUGUAGACUCAAUACACCUAUUCCUGUCGCCAAGGCAAGUUCAUCUGAUUUUGGACCUGUUGGCUGCUAUAGCUGGACCAGAGAAUUCUGGUAAAAUAGUGUUACCUGCUAAAGAUAGGAAAAAUCGUCCAAUGCAGCAGGAGGAUGAAUAUCGGAUUCAGUUGGAAUUAAAUCGGUGCUUACGAAGAGACUCCCUCUCAGUGGGUGCAUCAUCUGAGCAGAGUUUUUAUGAAACAGAAUCAGCUAGAACACCUUCUAGCCGGGAAGAAGAAGUUUUCUUCUCCAUGGCUGAUAUGGAUAUGUCCCAUAGUCUCUCAUCUCUUCCUCCUCUUGGAGAUCCCCCAAAUAUGGAUCUUGAUCUCUCCUUAACUAGUACAUUCACAAAUACUCCAGCAGGAUCUCCAUUGAGUGCCACUGUGCUUCAGCCAACUUGGGAAGACUUUCUUGAUCAGCAUAAAGAGGAACAACCAAUCAAAGGACCUCCGUUUUCAUCCAACUUAAUUCACCAGACAUCUUUACAAAGGACUUCUCUUCCUUCCAGAUCUGUUUCACUGGAUGAGUCCAGGCCUGAAUUUAUUUUUAGAUUAGCUGUGGGAACUUUUUCAGCCUCUGUACUUCACAUUGAUCCUUUAUCACCACCUGAAACUUCUCUGAACCUUAAUCCAUUGACUCCAAUGGCAUUAUAUUUCUUUAAUUGCAUAGAAAAGAUUGAUCCAGUAAGAUUUCUGGCACAUGAUUUUGCAUCUUUCAGAGAAGUGUUUGGAGAGGCUUGCUCUCAUGACCACCUUAGAUUUAUUGGUACUGGCAUCAAAGUAUCCUAUGAACAAAGGCAAAGAUCAGCUUCUCGGUAUUUUAGUAUUGAUAUGUCAGUUGGACAGAUGGAGCUUUUGGAGUGCCUGUUUCCUACUGAUUCUCAGACUGUUUCUACACACUACACGGAGCUUUUAAGGUUCCAUUCCAAAAAAGGAAGUGAUUUACAUCCCCUAACAUGUCUUCAGCUUCAUUAUAAACAUUCUGAUAAUAGAGGACCCCAAGGCAGUCAGGCACGACUUAGUUCAGUUCCUCAGAAAGCAGAAUUGCAUAUUAAAUUAAAUCCAGUGUUUUGUGAACUGGAUAUUAGUAUUGUGGAUAGGUUAAAUUCCUUGCUUCAACCACAGAAGCUUACCACAGUGGAAAUGAUGGCUUCCCACAUGUAUACGUCUUACAACAAACAUAUAAGUCUGCACAAAGCUUUCACAGAAGUUUUUCUGGAUGAUUCACAUACUCCUCCAAAUUGUCAGAUAUCUAUACAAGUCACUACACCGGCAUUAAACCUUGCUGUUCGCUUCCCAAUACCGGACCUUCGAUCAGAUCAGGAAAGAGGACCUUGGUUUAAGAAGUCACUUCAAAAGGAGAUCCUUCAUUUAGAAUUCAACAAUAUGGAAUUUAAGACUGAGUUUAUAGGAGGAUCAUCUCCAGAGCAAAUUAAAUUGGAGCUUACCUUUAGAGAGCUAUUUGGCUCAUUCCAAGAAGAUAAAGGAGAACCAUUAGUUAAGUUUUUUCAAGUGUCAAGUGGAAUAGAUGGAGAUAUAACAUCAUCAGAUGACUUUGAUUGGCCACGGAUUGUACUGAAAAUUAACCCACUAGCUAUGCAUUCCAUUUUGGAGAGAAUAGCAGCGGAGGAAGAAGAAGAGAGUGAUGGUCACUUUCAGGAGGAAGAAGAAGGAGGAGCUCAUUCUCUGAAAGAUGUUUGUGAUUUAAGAAGACCAGAGCCAUCUCCUUUUUCUUCUCGUAGAGUAAUGUUUGAAAAUGAACAGAUGGUAAUGCCAGGUGAUACAGUGGAGAUGACAGAGUUUCAAGACAAAGCAGUCAGCAACUCUCACUAUGUAUUGGAACUUACAUUACCAAAUAUUUACUUAACGUUGCCAAAUAAAAAUUUUUAUGAGAAGCUCUACAAUAGGAUCAGUAAUGACUUGCUCCUCUGGGAACCAACAGCUCCUUCACCUGUGGAAACAUUGGAAAAUAUUUCAUAUGGUAUUGGGCUCUCAGUAGCCAGUCAGCUGAUUAAUACCUUCAACAAAGAUAGUUUUAGUCAAUUUAAAUCUACAGUUCAUUAUGAUGAUGAGAGUGGAUCUGAGGAGGAGACUUUGCAGUAUUUUUCCACAGUUGAUCCAAACUAUCGUUCUCGUAGGAAAAAAACCCUCGAAUCUCAGAACAAGAACUCUCAGAGUUUUCUCUCUGUUCUUCUGAACAUUAAUCAUGGAUUAGUAGCAGUAUUCACAGAUGUAAAGCAAGAUAACAGAGAGAUGUUGGAAAGUAAGCAUGGUGAAUUCUGGUUAGAGUUCAAUAAUGCUUCAUUAUUUUUCGUGACAAAAUAUGAAGGUUUUGAAGAUAAACACUAUAUCUGUCUUCAUUCCAACAGCUUCAGUUUACAUCACCAAGGCAUGGUAGAUGGAGUGAUUCUUCCUGUUGAAGUACGACUUCCCACUCCAACUCGCCCACAUUGGUUGGAACCUAUAAUUUAUUCAUCAGAAGAAGAUGGUCUUAGUAGAACUUCAGAUGGUGUUGGAGGAGACUCUUUAAGUAUGUUGUCUGUUGCUGUUAAAAUCCAGUCUGAUAAAUCAGAGAUGAAUACGAAGGAAUUUCUCAUAGCAGUGGGACUCAAAGGAGCUACUCUCCAGCACAAAGUACUUCCUUCUGGACUUAGCUGGCAUGAACAGAUUUUAUAUUUCAUGAAUAUUUCUGAUGAACCUGUUUUGGGAUAUAAUCCUCCAGCUUCCUUUACAACCUUUCAUGUUCAUCUCUGGAGUUGUGCACUUGAUUAUAGGCCUCUUUAUUUGCCAACAAGAUCUCUUCUUACUGUGGAAACAUUUAGUAUUUCCAGUAGUGUUUCUUUGGAUAAAUCAUCAUCUACUCUCAGAAUUAUCUUGGAUGAGGCUGCUUUACAUUUGUCUGAUAAAUGUAAUACUGUGGCUGUAAACUUGAAUAGAGAUUAUGUUCGUGUGAUGGACAUGGGCCUUUUGGAAUUAACUAUCACAGCAAUGAAGUCUGAUUCUGAUGGGGACCAAACCCAGCCUCGCUUUGAGCUGCACUGUUCUAGCGACGUUAUUCACAUCAGAACGUGCUCUGAUUCUUGUGCUGCCCUCAUGAAUCUUAUACAGUAUAUUGCAAGUUAUGGUGAUUUACAUGCACCCACUAAAACAGAAGUUAAACCUGCAGCUGUCCAAAGGAAAACAAAGGUGGAUACCACUAGUUGGCCAUCUUCACGAGGCCCAGUACUUCCUGAAGCUGAUCAACAAAUCUUGAGAGAUUUGAUGAGUGAUGCCAUGGAGGAAAUUGAUACACAGCAAGUUUCUUCUCCCGUAAAGCCACAAUCUAAUGGUAUUUUGGAUGAGAAAUCACAAGCUCAGGAACCAUCAUCUUGCUCAGAUCUUUUCCUAUUCCCAGAUGAAAGUGGGAAUAUCUCUCAGGAGCCUAGUCCCAGCUAUGCUUCAUGCACUCAACACUUGAUUAAUGAUGCAAUGAUAGAUGUACCUUCAGAAAAUGAUGACUUUUGCAUUCUUUUUGCACCUAAAGUAGCCAUUCAUGAGAAGGAAGAAGAACCAGUAGUGAAAACAAUGGUUGAUGAUGGUAUUGUAAUAAUAGAGAAUCAUUUUAGUCUGCCUGUAAAAAAAACAGAUACUAGCAAAGCACCAUUACAUUUUCCUACUCCUCUAAUACGAUAUGUUGUUAAGGAAGUCUCUCUUGUUUGGCAUCUCUAUGGAGGAAAGGAUUUCGGAACAAUGCUUCCUACGUCUCCAGCUAAAAGUUAUGUUAGUCCACACAGUUCCCCCUCUCAUACACCCACGAGACAUGGACGUAGUACGGCAUGUGGAGGAAGAGGAAGGAAUUUUGACUUUUUAAUGGAAAUACAAUUGAGCAAGGUGAAGUUUCAGCAUGAAGUAUACCCACCAAGCAAACCAGAAUGUGAGUCCAGUCUCUUAGAACAUCCAGUUUCACGCCAGGUGUUUAUUGUUCAGGACCUCGAGAUUCGUGAUCGCUUGGCUACAUCACAAAUGAACAAAUUUUUAUAUCUUUACUGUAGUAAGGAGAUGCCUAGAAAAGCCCAUUCUAACAUGUUAACAGUUAAAGCAUUACAUGUGCGUCCAGAAUCUGGAAGAGCACCACAAGAAUGCUGUUUAAGGGUGUCAUUAAUGCCACUUCGACUCAAUAUUGACCAGGAUGCCUUGUUUUUCCUGAAGGACUUUUUCACUAGUCUUUCUACAGAAGUGGAACUUCUAAUGACUCCAGAUCCAGAAGUAAAAAAGCCGCCUGGAGCCGAUGUCACCUGCAGUUUGCCAAAGCAUUUGAGUGCCUCAAAGGAGCCAAACCUAGUUGUUUCUUUUCCUGGGCCAAAGCAGCAAUGCCAUAAUGGCAGUUCAGUGGAAUUGGUUAAUGGGGAGGAGGAGAAUUUAGCUGAAACAACACCAUUUAGUGAUCAACCUGUGUUUUUUAGAGAAUUUAGAUUCACAUCAGAAGUUCCUAUACGACUUGAUUACCAUGGGAAGCAUGUAUCAAUGGAUCAGGGUACAUUAGCUGGAAUUCUGAUUGGUCUUGCUCAAUUAAAUUGUUCUGAACUAAAGUUGAAGAGGCUUUUCUAUCGACAUGGUUUGCUAGGUGUAGACAAAUUAUUCUCUUAUGCAAUUGCGGAAUGGCUUAAUGAUAUUAAGAAGAACCAGCUGCCAGGAAUUCUGGGAGGUGUUGGGCCUAUACAUUCAUUAGUACAAUUAGUGCAAGGCCUGAAGGAUUUGGUCUGGUUACCAAUAGAGCAGUACCGAAAGGAUGGCCGCAUUGUAAGAGGAUUUCAAAAAGGAGCAGCUUCAUUUGGUACUUCAACAGCAAUGGCUGCUUUAGAACUAACAAACAGAAUGGUUCAAACUAUACAGGCAGCAGCAGAGACUGCUUAUGACAUGGUAUCCCCUGGUACAAUUUCAAUUGACCCCAAAAAGAUGAAAAGAUUUUCUCAUCAUCGCUUAGCACAUCAGCCAGUAGACCUGAGGGAAGGUGUGGCCAAAGCAUAUAGUGUCGUAAAGGAGGGUAUCACAGACACUGCUCAAACUAUCUAUGAAACCGCUGCUAGAGAGCAUGAAAACCGGGGAGUUACUGGAGCAGUAGGAGAAGUCCUUCGUCAGAUUCCACCAGCUGUAGUUAAACCUCUGAUUGUUGCAACAGAGGCAACAUCAAAUGUUUUAGGUGGAAUGAGAAACCAAAUUAGACCAGAUGUUCGACAAGACGAAUCACAAAAAUGGCGCCAAGGGGAGGACUAAUACUUCCAAUGUGACUCUUUAUGAAGAUAAUGAAAGUAGAAGUAAGGAAUGUGAUAUCCCAGUGGCAGCUUUAGAUGAAACUGAUUUAAAUUUACCGUGUUUAUCUCAGGAGCAGAAGCUUUUCUUAGUUAAGCAAUUUCAUAUCAAAACAACUUGUAGCCAAAACCUUUGAAGCAUUUUAGGGCAAGUUUGAUACUUGCCUUUAGAAAUGGCUCUUACUCAUUAUGUGUGAUGGCUAGUUCCACAUGUCUUGGGUCAUGUACUUGCUUUUCUUGAAACAUAAACCAUAGUUCUCUUAUGAUGGCUGAAGUGUUAUUAGAAGCAGCCCUUUUACAACACAUGGAAUUCAGAUGUCGUCUGAGCCCUUAAAGGUUACCUGUCAGUUGUUCUUCUUUGAUGUGUAAAAUCAAAAACAUCACAUGUUCAAAGCAUCCGUUUUGGUUGUGAGUAAUAGAAGCAAAUGGGAUUCUCAUUAGAAAUAUGUGGAAGACUGACCUCUGUUGAAAAAGUGAAUUUAAUAGUUAUAUUUUUAAGAACAACCUGUGAAUAUAUUAAUGUAACAUAGAUGCAUAUAUGACACAUAUGCAUACACACACACCCUUGUUUCUGAGGGAUUUUUGGGGGGGAAAAUGAUAAUUUUCAGACAUGUUCUAUUGUGUUGCACUUUAAAUAAUUUAUUCUGCAAAAUGUAUGGCUAAGUACAAGGUCGUGUGCAUUAUUCUUAUGUGAGUUAAAAACUUAAAAUUUUAUAAAGAUGAAUGAGUGUGAUGAAGAAUUUGGCAAAAAAUGUAUAUGUUUAUUUAACUAUAGAUGGAAUUUCUCAUUUUGUGCCUGACAAAAAAUCAUAUCUUUAGUUUUAUGCAGAUAGAGAUUUUGAGCUUGCUAGGACUGUGUGAAGUGGGAGGUAAGGAAGGUUGUUAUUUUUUGGCUUCUUUUGGGUGAACCAGUAGGUCAUCCUCCUCCUCAAAAUCUCAUUAAUUAUUUCAAAGUAAAAAAUUUAACAGGCUAACUGUAGUCACAUUUGAAUAAAAUACGUUUAUUUAAAAAUAAAAUUGUUUUAUGUGCUCCUAUAUAAUUUAUAGUCUUUAGAAUAUGUUCAGAGAAAUAAAACUUAUUUAUCCCAAGAUUCUUAGAAAAUCUUUCUCAGGACUUACUGGUUAAUAUCAAGUAAAUCACUGUCCAGGCAUAAAAUAGAAUUUGCUACCCAAAACAGUCUUCUUGGCUACACAUGUGUCUGACAUAAGCAUAAAAUAAUAAUUAAAUGUCUGGCCACCAUUUAAAUUUGUAAUAUGCUAUUUCAAAUUCUGUUAUUAGGAAUUUCAGAAUAUUUUUAAGUCAUAGGCUAGAAAAUUAGGUUGGUUUUCCAGUUAAGAAAUAUCAGUGUAAACAGAGGUCCAAAUCACUUUGAGAUAUUAAAAAAAUGAAUUUUGAAUCUUCACUUGUUUUUUCUCUCUCUCUAGAAAUUUUAAAAGAGGGAAUCUCAGAAUUUUUCCAUCGAUUUGUGCAUCAUUAGCAUAGUUUACACCAAUUAACUGCACAAGCACAGCACAAAUUUUGCCAAAUCUGACACCUAUUAAACUAUGUAGUUAUUAUAGCAUUUUGUUAUUAUUAAGAUUUAAAAUUUUUUAGGAGAAAUCCAGACAUGCUGCAUAUAAAAACCCCAGAAUAGGUCAUCCUUUUAAAGUGGAAUAUCAACUAACUAUAUAUCAGGUUAGUGUUUUAUCAAUUAUGAACUCAGUAAAAAAUGGAAGUGUGUUACUGUACAACUACGACAUUUAGUUUCCAUUCUUUUACUUGUCUCUAGUCUUUCUGUGGUCACACUAUGCAAAUACAUAGUCCAGAGGAAUAAAGGUCCACCUCUAACAUGAAUUCUUAAGUAGCUAACAAAAAUCUUUCAGAAAUUACUGUCAUAAAUUCUGCUUUAACAAGUAGUUGUAUAAUCUCCGGUUGUAUAGAACAGUAUUUGCACAUCUAGGCCAACAGUCCAUACUAACACAUCAGAGCAAAGGAGUGGAUAGAAUUUGUAAGUUAGUUUAAAUGAAAUGUACCUUUGCUAAAAGUGUGUAUAUGUACAGUAACUAUAUUUGAAUAUUUGUAUAAUGUUAAGCAUCUUUGAAUAAAACUAAGUGUUCUUCCAAA